UAAAAAACAAACACAACCCCAAACAUACACUCAAACACACACAUGAUCGACAACAAAAACCUUAAUGCUAAAGAACUAUAAAUAUAAAUCAUCAAUGAAAUCUCUACCAAAUUGGAGUACAAAAUCCAACAGUUUGGUCAUCACAAAGUGGUUUAUGUAUGAAUCAUUAAGAAAAGUAGUAUAAAAUCCCAUAUUCUUUGCUUAAAUAUCUCAAUUUUAGUUAGCCCUUUCUCUUUCCAUGUCCUCCUUUUCUUUCUCCCCUCCUUUAUAUCUAUAAUUACUUCUCCUUAAUUCAUCCAGUGAAGUAAUAAUAAUAAUAAUAAUAAUAAUAAUAAUAAUAAUGCUUAGGAUGAAAUUAGGUUCAUUAAUGACAACAAAGGUUCUUCUUCUAUGCCUUAAUUGUGUAAUUAUGAUUGAGUUAAUGGCUCAUCUAAUGGUGAUUGAAGUUUAUGGAGCUCAAUCAAUUGCUAUGAAUGGUGUUGGUUUUGAUGAUCGUCGUAAUGAUGUUGUUAGGAAAAUGCAGGCUAUUAAACAAUCCAUUGCUGCACCUCCUUCUACCUUCAUUUCUCCUUCUCCUAACUUUCCUCCUUCUCUGGAGACAACACCAAGCUCAAGAGAAUACCAUGUGACAGCAUAUGGGGCGGAUCCCACAGCCAAAAAAGACAGUACCGAAGCACUUCUCAAAGUAUUUUCAGAUGUUAGUGAGAGCAGCAAUGGUUUCUUGAUAAAUGGUGUUCGUAAUCUUGGUGGUGCUCAGAUUCACCUUGAUGGUGGAAUUUAUUUGAUUAGUCGUCCCCUCCAAUUUCCAACUUCCCAAGUUGGUAACGUUUUGAUACAUGGAGGAACAUUACAAGCAUCAGAAACUUUUCCUAAAGAUCGAUAUCUCAUUGAACUUUCAACAUCACCUUCUCAAGUAAAUCAAGAAGACAAAACUUCUUCCUUAGACCAGAAAAACACUCCUACAUCUUACAACUUUGAGUACAUUACCUUUAGGGACCUUAUGUUAGAUUGCAACUAUAAAGGUGGUGGUAUUGGAAUCACCAAUUCUCUAAGAAUCAGCAUAGACAAUUGCUACAUAGUCCAUUUUACUUCUGAGGGUAUUCGAGUCGAAAGUGGGCAUGAAACUCUAAUCCGAUCAUCCUAUCUCGGCCAACAUAUCACCGCUGGAAAUGAUCCUGGCGAGAGAAACUUUUCUGGGACCGGAAUUUCCUUACAAGGGAAUGACAAUGUUGUUAAUGAUGUUGUGAUUUUUUCAGCAAACACGGGUAUAAUCGUGUCAGGUCAGGCUAACCUUUUAUCCGGAGUGCAUUGUUAUAACAAAGCGACUGGGUUUGGAGGCACGGGUAUCUAUUUGAAGUUACCUGGUCUAACCCAAACAAGAAUAGUGAAUUCUUAUUUGGAUUAUACCGGGAUCGUCGCAGAAGAUCCAGUUCAACUCAUAAUCUCAAACAACUUUUUCUUAGGAGAUGCAUUCAUUUCUUUGAAGUCAAUUAAAGGAGUGGCAAAUGGAGUAAAUAUUGUGGAUAAUAUUUUCUCGGGAUCUGGAAAUGGAAUCGAUAUCGUGCAUUUAGAUGGUAAAUUCGGAGAUGUUGAUCAAAUUCAAAUUGAUAGGAACAGUGUGAAAGGGAUGAACACUAAAGCGACUAUUGCAAAGGUUGCAGUUCAAGGAAAUGGGAGCACUUGGACAGCAGACUUUAAUGGGAUUCUGCUGUUUCCUAAUCUCAUUAAGCAUGUACAAUACACAUUAAGUACGAGCGGAGAUUCUUUCCCUAAUUACGCUUUGCGUAAUGUGUCGGAUAAUCGGGUGACAAUCGAGUCGAGUGUGGCUGCGCCUACAAGUAUUUAUGUUAUGGUUGAUCAAGGAUUUGGAGGUUAAUUAAUUGUAUAGUACCAGAUUGUAUUAUCUUUGGUACCAGAUGAUUCUUCACAUUUGUUGGUUGGGUUUGGUUAAGUUGGGGCAAUGGGAUACAAUUAGUCAUUGCUAAAUUUAUUAGUUAAUUACAUCAUGAGUCAUAAUUAUUCACCAAAUCAAGAGUAUUAAGCUGUAUUUUCCGGUAAUUUUCUGUCAAAGAAAAAUGAGGUCGAGCCAAAGCUCUUGUUUUAGAAAUAUUUUACUUGUGUAGUUAAGUGUUAUUCUUUGGUGGUUAGGUAUCUAUCUUGCGAUGAUGGUUGGAAAUACGGACAUCAUUUGUGAAGCCUGAGGCUUUGACACCAAAAUGGCAGCC